AACAACAAACGAUAAGCUGGCUUUCAAAUGUUCCCUAAAAUUCUUCCAAUUUAAAGUCUAAACAAUAGUUUUCUCCCCGAGAAAUCAAACAAAAUACAACAUUUUGAAAUGUCUGACGUAGAAUUCGAUUGGGAUGAUGAAGAAAAUGAAAACGAAGGCUCGGAAAUCGAUGUUUCUGAAAGUUCCAAUGAAAUAAUGAUGAGCUUGGAUGGAUCCAGCGAGCAUUCGAUCGAUGAUGUAGAUCCUUCUUCCGAAAUAUCAUAUCCUGAUGACGAAAAUCACGCAUCCGAAAACGAGACAAUGAGCGAUAUCGAUUCCAUUAUUUUGUCGGAACCUAACGCAGAAGAGACUCGCAUGGACUACGGAUUAGAAUGGACUGAUGACGAGCACGUACAAGGAGCAAGUGAAAUCGAAAUAUCAUCAGCAGAAUCGUCAUUGAUUGAACCAAGCAUAUAUUCUCCGGGUCAUAGCUCAAGUGGCUCUAGAUCCGAAACUGAUGAGAAUUUAAACGUGGAAUAUUUGGAACAGCCAGAGUCUGACAGUGAUGGUUUGAAUACUUCUUUUGGGUCUGUGGAAGAUCCUCCCACCACCACAUUUCGCGUUAAAAUUGAUGAAAAUCAGAAUUUUGAUACGCGUUCCACAACUAGCGGGCUCGAAAACAGCGCCUCUCCAUUUAUCAACUGCCCAAUUUGCUUCCAUAACAUCAAGAAUCGCUCACCAUGUUCCUUCGCUUGUGGCCAUUUGAUGUGCGGCCUGUGUGUUAAUCAGAUGCUGGAUCGAGGAAUUAACACUUGUUCCGUUUGUCGCAAGGUUUUUCGUGUCUCGGACAUUCGACAACUUUAUCCAGCUUAAUUUUCCUGUAUUUUUGAAUCUCUAUUUAUUUAGACGAAAAAUAAACGUUCCGUCGUA